ACUAUUUCGCCCUUAUCACUUGUCACAUGGAGGCGAGUUUUGAUCAUCGAUCAGAGUCGCGAGUGGGGGUAAUAAUAGAAAAAUAAAGCCGUUUUAAAGAGCGGGAGAAAUGAACAACCAGCCGUUUUGAAUUUAAACUGCCUCGCACAAAAACUUACAAUUGAAGCCUUCUUGUUUCCCAUCACUGAUAAAAAAGGAAAAGGAAAGGACAGUUGGCAAGUAGAGAGUAUUUGAUGAGUGGUUUCUGAAGGAAGAAAAAUGGAAGAAGUAGAAAGGGAUUUUCAUGGCAUGAAGAGGAAACAACUGCAGGCGCUUUGUAAAAAGCAUGGAAUUCCUGCUAAUAAAUCCAAUGCCGAAAUGGCUGAUUUGUUGACUUUGACUCUCAAGCAAGGUCAAGGAGAAGUACAAAACGUGAGUGAUUCUAUGAAAGUGACUAAAAUAUUGAAGAAUGUUAAAUUCAAGCCUGAUGUUGAAAUACGUGAAUACGAGCCUUCGGUGUAUAAAGGAAGGAAGAGGAGGAGGAACAUGGUUAAUUAUGGGAAAGUUAUUGGUUCUCCGCCUGGAAGUAGGAAUAGAGAGCAGAGAACAGUUGGAAGAAAUGUAGAUGAGGUUGUUGGGAAGAAGAGAGGGAGAGGACGAGAAAAGAAACGGAGCGUUAGGGUGGAAAAUGUUGAUGUUAGUGAUUACUCACGACCUCCUGUAAUCACUAAAGAGGGAGAUGUUCAACUUGUGAAGGAUGAAGACAAAUCGGGUAGGAGGCGACUGAGAAGUAGGGAGGUGGUGAUCGAGGAGAACGUUGAAGGGGGUGAAGGGGAUUUGGUUGUUUCUAGGAAGAAUUCAAAACGGGGAGAGUCUAGAAAGAGGGGGAAUCGUGAUGGGAUUCGUUUCUCGGAUGAAGUUUCUGAAGAGAAUGUAAGUGCGAAAGACGAUGCUAAACCUGCAAAUGCGCCAUCAGGAUCAAGAAGAAAUGCUAGGAAGAAUGAAAGCACUUCAUUAUUGAGUGUGGAUUUCGGAAAAACUGAAAGUUUUGGAAGGACUACUCGGUCACGGGCUAAGUUAAGGGAGAAUACUUCUAUAACUGCAGAUAAAGCUGAAACCGUCGAGGUUCAGGAUGAAUAUGAAAAGGUUCUCCAGACUGAAGAAACUUUGAAGGGUGCAGGUAGAAAUGCUUUGGGAAGAAAGUCUUUUGUGCCUCGAAAGCGGUUGGUGGUAGAAAUCCUAUCUGAAGAAGGUGUUGAAUCAGUGAAGGGUGGCAGGCGAUCAAGAAGAAAUACUAGCAAGAAGGAAGGUACUUCAUUAUCGAGUGGGUGUUUUUGUAAAACUGAAAUUGUUGGUAGGACUUCUCGGUCACGCUCUAAGUUGGAGGAGAAUACAUCAUCUGUGACUGCAAACAAAGCUGAAACCAUCGAGAUUCAGGAUGAAAGUCAAAAGGUUCUUCAUCUUGAAGAACCGUUGAAGGAUUUCGGUAGAUAUGCUUUGAGACGUAAAUCUAUUGUGCCUCAGAAGGGAGUCGCAGUAGAAACCGUGUCCAAAAAAGAUCUUGAAUCUGUAAAGGAUGCCAGGCGAUCAAAAAGAAACACGGCAAAGGCUACAGAUUCCAAACCUAUUGUGCAAGUCGUUACUAGGAGGAGGACAAGGUUUGGAGCUCAGGCUACGGUUGAAAGUGCAGACGAAAUUACCGAGGUUAACAAAGAGCAUAACAAGGCUGUUCAGCUCGAGGAAUCUUUGAACGCUCAAGAUAGAAAUGCUUCAAGACAGAAGUCUUUUACAGCUCAAAAGGGCCAGGUUGAAAGUGAAGGACCAGAUGUGAAAAUUGAAACCAUAAAACAAUCUAGGAAUGCAGAUUUGAAGUUUGCUAACAAGUUUGAAGCUUCUGGACAAUUUAGCAGUGAGAUUGAAAAGGCUCCGAUAUCGAUUGGUCAUGUGAGGGGGUCCAGAAGCAACACUGUUGUAUUAAGCCCUGCUUUUGCCACUGGUGAACUAGGAAUUGGUGAAGCUGUUGGUAUGGUUUGGUGUCUGAAAAGAAAGCGUGGCCCAACACUGGAGACAGAUUCUUCUACAGUGGGUGAAUGUUUGGCCGGUAAACCUUCAAGAGAAUUCGCACAGCACGCCUCUAGAGGUAACUUGGUUGGAUCUGCAGUUCCAGUUAUGGUAGAGGAAGCUCUAUUUACUGAAGAAACACAAAUUGAGGACACUGGAUUGACCAUGCCAGAAGCUACAGGGGACAAACCUAAUUUCAGUUUGAGCUGCUCCAAGGAAGUCUUUGAAACUUCUGACAAGAAGGGAUCUGAGAGUAAAGCAAGUGAAAUGAGAACCAAUUUCUCAGAAGUCGCUGCUGGAUGCUCUAACAUUCAGGAAGGUGUAGAUACUAAAACAAAUUUGCAGGAAACUCCGUCUCCAACAUCAACAUCAGUGAUGUUAUGUUUUGCAAACCAAGAAACACCAGAGAAUGCAAGUCAGCCCAUAGUCCUUAAUGAGGAGGCUAAUACUGUCGCAGGUGACAUGGAGAAACUUGCUGUAGAUGCUAUUAUUGAGGUUGGUGUGGAUGAUCCGUCUAGCAGAUCUAAGGAAGAAGGUGGUGCAGAUUUGGGUAAUGAUAAUUUAGAUGAACACGGACAAACAGAACUUCAGACUAAUGCUUCUGAUACGUUUCCCCUAGCUAAUCGUUUCUCAUUUGCAAAGCAAUCAGAUUUUUCAGGGUUGGAGAAUGGACUUGAAAGGAAAGAACUGAGAGAAGACAUACACUUAGAAAGUGGUGAUGUCAAUGAUUGUUCAACUGAACUUGUGGACAGAACAUCUGCUGUGGAGGGUGGUUUCUGUGAUCUAGAAAAUACUGGACAGAAAAUUAGAACAAAUAAAAAUGAGCAUGAAGAGGCAUCUUGUGAUGAUAGACCAUCACCAGCUGCUGGUGAAAAGAUGGUUAGUUUUAUCACUGAAAUAAACCUACAGGAGGAUGGUGAUGUCCUCCUUAUCCAAGCUGCCGAGGAGAACCAAAAUUUCAUUUCAGAGGAAAACUCUAGCAAUGUUUUUCUGGUCUCUAGAAGAACUUGCACACAUGAACUUCUACAUGGAGAAGGAACCUGUCUGAGUGCCCCAGAAAAGGGCACCGACGAAGGUGAAAAUGGUUCUGUGACCAUUGUUCCUUUACAAUUCACUGGUAUUGGCAAGCAAAGAUUGUCCUUUUAUGCAGGUGAUUCCUCCGAGGACAGGAAAAUGCAGCAUCAUGAUGAGAAAUCAACAGAAAAGAUUAAUUCAAGUUGUAAGGAUGAAAAGCACGUUCUGGAGGAAAACGAAGCUGCUGCAGAUGAUUUGUCACUGUGAGUAGUAACUUCACUUUCUCCUGUUGUCUCGACAGCGCAAAUAUCAGUUUUCAUU